AUGUUAGUCCAGCAAAAACCAAAGCCUUUAGUCCUCUACGCUGUGCCCCCACGCGAGGGACAUAUGCGACCAGCGCUCCAAAUCACCAAACACCUCAUCAACAGCGGCUUCGACGUCACAGUGCUGGGAACAACGAGGUGGAAGACUACAAUCCAAGCAGUCGGGGCCCACGUCAGUCCCAUCAUCGGGCUCUGGAAAACGCUCGACGAUCCUUCUCGAUGGCCAGAUAUCGCACACGCUUCAGAUCCAGCCACGAGACUGGCCGCGUCUCUCGAUGGAGGGUUCAUCUCGCUGUUACCAAGCGGGCUUGAAUCGGUACGGGUAGCGAUGGCGGGUAUGCGACGUCGAAAGCCUGGUUGUCAGAUCAUCGUCCUGUCAGAUACGUGCUUCUCAGGAACGCUGGCUUUGAAGUUGGGUGCUAACCUACCCGAGCCAUUUGAAGAGGAUGAGGAGAUCCAGACCAUCGGUAUCGGCGUGGUUCCGACAUUCUGGGCCAACCCUGAACGACCUCCAUGGGGAUCUGGACUACCUUUCGACGACAGUGAAGAAGGGCGGACGAGGAAUAUCAAAGUGAACAGAGAGACGUGGAGUGGCGCGGCUGAGGAUCGCGCGAGAUGGGUCUUGGGGAUGAUGGGAUGCUCCAAACCCGUCGAGUCCCUUUACGAAGGGCUCUCAACAAGUAUGGAGCAUCCCUUCUGGGACGCAUCUACGGCUUGUCAUGACACAGUAUUGCAAAUGUGUCUUCCCAGUCUCGAGUUCCCGUCAUCAGACUGGCCGCAGAAGAUCAAGUUUGCCGGGACACUCCCGAUCAAACCCAUCCCAUCUAAUCUCACAUAUCCGACGUGGUUCAGCGACAUCCUCGCAAACAGCUCAUCUCUCCACUCGUCGAAUCCGAGCCGCAAGAAGAUUGUGUUUGUGGCCCAAGGGACCGAAGUGCUGGACCACCAGGAACUCAUCAUCCCAACAAUGAAGGCCUUGGCAGCAAAUCCUGACGUUCUAGUCGUCGCGUGUCUUUGCGUGGCUGGAGCGACUCUCGAUACGAGCACUUUCGAAAACGGAGAGUUGCCCGCCAAUACUCGCGUGGUAGACUAUUUGCCAUAUGACGCUAUCCUGACGCAUGCAGACGUCUUCGUGUCUAACAGCGGGUAUGGAGGGUUUCAGCACGCUGUUUCUAAUGGGGUGCCGAUGGUGCAAGCUGGAAACACAUUUGAUAAGCCAGAUAUCGGAAAAAGGAUCGAGUGGUCUGGCUUGGGAGUGUUUCUGACGGAGUCACCUCCGUCUGAGAAUGCCGUUGGGAAGGCGGUGGUGAAAGUUCUGGGUGAUGAGAAGUACAAAAUGCGUGCGGAAGAGUUAAAGAAGGAAGCGGGCACGCUUGAUCCACUACGAAUGGUUGAGGAAGAGAUACUGCUGCUGGUCCAGUCGGCGGUCCCUUCGUCAAGUUGA